ACUGGAGUUGAUGUGUGGUGUCCUGUAGCGUGUUCUCCCACGGCUCUGCUCUGCUCUCCUCCUCAGGAAACCUGUCCUACUCGUCAGAAUUCGAUUCUCUGGCGAACAAGGACUAAACUCUCUGUUACACUUUUCUUCUCACAUACCCCUUCUUCAGUGCGACGGGGAAGACGGACAACAUGAUUGGCUAUAUCUUCGUGGUUCUAUGUGGAUUGGCUGGCAGUGCGCUCGCAAAGGGUAAGGUGGAGAGUGUGCCUAAGGGGAAGUUCAGUGUUCCUGUUCUGGAUGUGAAGAGUCGACAGCUGGUCCUGGAGGCCAACCAGACUCUGACAAUCCACUGCAGGGGUCGGUGGGAGCUGUCGUGGGCAUUCCCUGGAGGUGUGGCCAGAGAUCAGGAGAGAAUGCGAUUGGAAGAUUCUCGCUGUGGUAGGCAGAGCCAGCAUUACUGCAGCCAACUGACGCUUAGCUCGGCCCAGGCCCAGCACACAGGAUCGUUCCGGUGUCGGUACAGCCAUCGGAAGCUCAGGCAGAGAGCUGUCUAUGUCUAUGUCACAGACAGACAGCGGCCAUUUGGAGAGAGCAGAAUAACACGUCCAGACGUUGUGUAUAUGAAGGAGAGCCAGCCUCUGGUCUUCCCCUGUAGGGUCACCAACCCUGACGCCACUGUCUCAUUGGUCAAGUUUCCUGACCAGGAGUUGACCCCAGACCAGAGGAACAUAGUGUGGAACAGCAGACAGGGCUUCCUCAUCCACAGCCCCACCUACUUCUACAUCGGCCUGUUCUCCUGCAAGACCACUGUCAACGGGACCACACACUCCCUCAGUUACCUCACACAUAGACAAGUGAAUAAGAUCAUGAAGGUAUAUCUGAACAGUACCAGUCCAGUCCAGUCUCUACAGGGGGAGAGUCUGGCCAUCAACUGUACUGUCACUGCAGAGUGGAACAGCAGAGUGUCCAUCAGCUGGGACUACCCUGG